AAACUCCAAGAGCCCAAGAAGGAAAAUAUAAAACGUCAAAAAUGUCAAUGUCAAACACGAUCUUUACCGCCACUAUAAAAUUGAUUCUUACAUUUUCAAACAACAAUAUUUAAAGACUUUUUCUGAUUCCAAUGGAUAACGUCGAAAGUAUAAACACGGAUAAAGCAUACCUAAAAUGUAAGUUAAUAGUUAAAAAAUGGGAAAAAGACUUUAAACUUAAGUAUGCACGAACUCCCUCCAAAUUUGAUAUCAAGGAAGCACCUUCUAAUAUUAAAUACGCAUAUAAAAAGUACUUUCACCUCAAAAGCGAGGCACUUGAAAACUCAUUAUCUAUUUGUGAAGUUGAAGCAGACGAAUUUGGAUCUCCUGAAAUUAAACCAGACGUCGAAUUUGUGACAGAAGUUAGACCUGUUGAUCAAGAACCACUAUUACCAGCUCUACCGAGCGGUCAGCAACUGGAGAAGUUGUUGUCACUUUCGAAAUCGCAAAAAGCUGCAACAUCCCAAAGCCCAUUUAUCGAAAAUCUGUCCAAGAAAUUAUUUCAGAAUAGAAGGUUUUCAAUAAGAAAUCCUAGAAAGUUGUCAUUAGCCAAAUCUCAAUCACAGUCUCUUGAUGAUAAUGAAAUGUCUAGAAACAAUAAAGAAAAUUUUAUAAGUGACAUAACUGAUAGCAAAAUAUUAGAUAGUGAUGAAUUAAAACAUUCUGACUCCUGUGAUAUUUUACAAAACAAUUCAAUUAUCGAGGCUAAAACAGACAGUAAUAAACAUCAAGAUAAUAUAUAUUUUACAGGCAAGAUUUCCAUUGACAAUUUAAAAACUAAUUCAGUACGGCAAAUUAAUACAGAAUGGCUGGAAAGAGCCAGUGGCUUAAACAAAGAAUUUAGUAUUGUAGAAAACAGUGUUCCUAAAGAAAAAUCUGUGGUAGAAAAAUUUGGUUUAAGCAACAUAUCAUUGUCUAGUGCCACAGAUAAAGCUUGUGAUUUUAUAGAGAAUAGUGAAUCUGAAGAAGAAGAUGUGGUAAUUAAAAAACUUAAGCCAGCUCUUAAAAAGAGAAAAACAGACAAUGGUAGCAUUGAAGAUCAAGUAAGUGACAGACACAAAGAACACACUGAGAUUAAUACUACUGAAAUUGAUACAAAUAUAGAGAAGAAUGUAAGGAGACAAAGAAAUAAAAAUCUUAAGAAAACAUUAUCACAAGAUGCUCACUGUAAUAACGAAAGCCCUCCUGAUAUAAGAGAGUAUUUGCCAUUUGGUAUGGAACAACAAGUUAUGCCUUUAACAACUAAAGUAAUUGACCUUCUAGAUGCAAUAAAAACUUCACAAGCAUCUACAAAUAAAAAUAUUGCAGAGCAAGACUUUGAUAAAUUAGAAUCAAAAAUUCUGAGUGGAACCAUUAAUGAUAAUUUUGUAAAGAUAAAUAUAGAAAAAAAAGUUUUUGUUAGGGGACGUAAAAAUUUUAACUUUUCAAAAUACAAGAAAAAACAAUGGAAAGAUAAAAAAGCAUUGCAUUCUGGAAUGGAAUUCCCAGAAUCUGGAAAAGUAUCAUGCUUCAAAUGUGGAAAUACAGGCCACAUGGCUAGAUAUUGCAGAGCACACAAAGAAAACUCACUUUUGCCUUUGGAAAAUAAUUCUGAUGAUGUAAUACCCACUUUAGAAGACAUGAAGAAAAUUGUUCAAAAAGAGAGUAAGACUGAAGAGUCAAUAGAAGAAGAACUCAGCACUUGUGUAUAUUCAUCUAGUCAAAUACCUGAUGAUUUUUUAAAAUUACUGGAAGAGACCCCAAUAUCAAAAUCCAAUAAUAGUAUUCACCCUAUAUUUACUGAAGAAUCUACGGCUACUGAGGAAUUGUAUAACUCUCUGCAGAUGUUUGGACAUCAAUCAUUUCGUCCAGGACAGGAACAUGCAAUUAUGCGGAUUUUAUGUGGCAAGUCAACUUUAUUAAUUUUAUCAACAGGGAGUGGAAAAUCUUUGUGUUAUCAGCUACCUGCUUAUAUUUAUAGUCAACAUUACAAGUGCAUAACUUUGGUGAUAUCACCACUUGUGUCAUUAAUGGAAGACCAAGUGUUAAGUAUGCCUGAUUUCCUUAAAGCAGGAUGCUUGCAUAUGAACCAACCACCAACACAAAGGCGUAAAAUCAUGGAAUUAUUAAAACAGGGUGAAAUUAAUAUUCUUCUCAUAUCACCAGAAGCAUUGAUAUCUGGAGAUUCUUCUAAUGGAUUUGCGGGUCUUUUUAAAUCACUACCAAAAAUAGCAUUUGCUUGUAUCGAUGAAGCACAUUGCGUUUCACAAUGGAGCCACAAUUUUAGACCAAGUUAUCUUAUGAUUUGUCGCAUUUUAAGAGAAAAGCUGAAUGUUAAAUGUAUUCUUGGCUUAACAGCGACUGCCAGUCGGUCUACUAUUAAAAGUGUUAUAGAUCACAUUCAUGUCCCUGAUGGUAUGAAUGGUGUUGUAGAAAAUCCUUCUCUUCCAGAUAAUCUUCACUUAUCUACGUCUUUUGAAAAAGAUAAGGACAGAGCACUUGUAACAUUUCUUAAUUCUGACAAAAUAAUAGAUUUCAAUUCUAUAAUUGUAUAUUGCAUAAGAAGAAAUGAAUGUGAGAGAGUUGCAGCAGUUUUGCGCUCAUGCUUAUCUCAGCCUGGAAAAAUUAACAUGGAAAAGGCUAAUAAAAAAAGAAAAAGGAUGUCAUACAUUGCUGAAGCAUAUCAUGCUGGCAUGACAGCUGCGCAGCGGAAAAAAAUUCAAAAGCAUUUCAUGGAUGGGACUUUAAAAAUUAUAGUUGCAACUGUGGCUUUUGGUAUGGGUAUAAAUAAACCAAACAUAAGAUGUAUUAUUCAUUACAACAUGCCAGCAAGUUUUGAAUCUUAUGUACAAGAAGUUGGAAGGGCUGGUCGAGAUGGGUUGCCAGCUUUUUGUCAUGUAUUUAUUAACAAUAGUAGCAAUGACAAAAAUGAAUUAUUAAAACAUAUUUAUGCCAAUUCAGUUGAUAGACCUGUAAUAAGACGAUUGCUCCAAAAAGUAUUUGUUUCAUGUCAAUGUCCUAAAGAGCCAAACUCAAGAUGCAAAGGCCAUGAAGUUGGAAUACCAAUUGAUAGCACAGUUGAAGAGUUAGAUAUGCCUACAGAGAACAUUGCAACAUUAUUGUGUUAUGUUGAGUUGCACCCAAAACAUUAUAUAAAAGUAUUGAAUAAUGCAUACACUAUAUGUAAAAUAAUGUCAUAUGGUGGUCCACUAAAAAUAUUAGAAGCAGCUAAAACUUGCCCUCCUCUUGCAAUGGGUUAUCUCAUUGAAAGUAAAAAGGAUCCAAAUAUUACAAAGAGUAGUGUAAUAGAGUUUAAUGUUAUAGAAGCUGCAGCUGCUAUUGGCUGGGAAAGUGGUAUGACUAAAUAUCAAUUAAAAAAUCUGGAAUGGAAAACUACAGAUGGCCUAUCAAAAAGAUCUGAACUUAAAGUUGAAUUCAAUACUUUAGGUUUCAGAAUAAGAGCUCAAGGUGAUCUAUCGGCGGCAGAGCUAGAUAAUAUUUUAGAUGACUUGCACAAAUCUGUCCAAAAUCAAGAAGAAACAAGUUUAUAUCAGCUUGAAGAAAUUGAUAAAGCGUUUCGCCAUAUCUGUAAUUACUCUGUAGAAAAUAGUAAUUUCUCUGAAGAAACUUUAGAAGAGAAAUCUAAAGAAUUAAAAUCAACCAUCAGACAUUAUUUUCAAAGGGAAAAUGAUCUUCCAACCAACAUUGAAUUGCCCAAACGGCCAAUAGAUGUUGAUAGCGCUGUUAGCGACAUACGCGCGUUAAUAGCCAUCUAUAAAGAUUGCAAGUUUACAGGAAGAAGUAUAGCUAGAAUAUUUCAAGGUAUAUCAUCUCCUAAUUUUCCAGCUUUAGUAUGGGGUAGAUGUAAGUUUUGGAGAUCUCAUAUACAUGAAGAUUUUCAUGUUUUAACUAAAUUAGCGACCCAGCAAAUUAUUCAAAUGAAAUAGGUUAAGAAAAGAUUAAAUCUGUUAAUGACCUGUUGUGUAAAAACGAUUCAAUUGACAAAAAUCGAUUUUUUUUAAAUGUUGUUAAAUUUGUCUAAAAAUAAAACUUUUUGUAGUCUGGUAGAAGUGGAAAAAGGUAUGUCAGUAUUAAAUUCCACAAACCAGAAAUUCAAAUUUUGCUUUGUGUAAUAUAUAUUUAUUUUUUUAUUAACUGGAAUUCAUUGUUUUCUUACAUUACAAAAACAGUGUUACUGCAGAUAAUAGUGAGUGGUGAAAGAUACUGCUCUAACCACUAACCAAUGUAUUGACGAGCGAAGGCAGGAUAUUUGAAAAUAAAAUUGUUUAAAAGGUUAA